UCAAUCAUUUCAACUUCUCUCUUUCGUUUGUAUAAAUACACUCUUUUCAACCAGAUGGAAAACAAACAAAAAACCUAUUCAUUCAUCUCCUUCCCCAAGAUCACAACCAGGCCUUGUUUCCAAUUCUCCACAACCUUCCUCCUCUUCACUCUCUCUGCACCUCCCCUCUCUUCCUCCCUCUCAAGAUUCACUUCGUCGUCUUCAUCCUCAACAAGAACUACUACUACUACCUUCGACGCUGAAAUGGUGAUGGGAUCCAGUAAUUCUGAUUUGGCAAAUCUUAACUCAAGCGGAGCGAUGGGAGAGCCUUCUAUAUCUUGCACUACUUUCAAUAUCUUAGCUCCUAUUUACAAGCGACUGGAUCAACAGAAGAAUCAAAACACUCGUGAAAGUGAUUUCAGGGCAUUCUGGUUUUCGAGGAACCAGAGGAUUUUGGAUUGGUUGCUUUACGAGAGAUCGUCUAUUAUCUGUCUCCAGGAGUUUUGGGUUGGCAAUGAAGAACUGGUUCAUAUGUACCAGGAGAGGCUUGGUGAUGCAGGCUACAUCACCUUCAAGCUUGCAAGAACCAAUAACCGGGGAGAUGGUAAGUCUUCUAGUGACUGGAAUGGAAGCAAGCGUGGGCAUGUUUACAAAUUCCUUAGGUCCCAGGGAUUUGUAUCAUCCUAUGAUAUCGCUCAUCAGUAUACUGAUAGUGAUGCUGAUGCUCAUAAGUGGGUUAGCCACCGAAAUCAUAGGGGGAACAUCUGUGGUGUUGAUUUUAUAUGGCUUCGCAACCCUAGUAAGUCAAGAAAACCACUCAAGACAAGUUGGGCUGAAGCAGUUUUUGGUAUAAUAAAGUAUCAACUUCGAAAAGCUUCCUCGGCAGAAAGUGAUGCCUUUCAAUUUCUUAGGGCUGACAACCAUGCCAAUGUUAUAACUUACUCAGAUUUCUGUGAAGCACUUCAGCAGGUAAAUCUAACUGGCCUUUCUUAUGGAUUAAGUUUCCAAGAGAUAAAGGAUCUCUGGACUCAAGCCGACACUGAUGGAAAUGGUGUUCUUGACUAUGAAGAAUUUAAGAGGAUUUGGAACUCCACAUGCUCAGAGCAAACAGAGGAAAAUUAUGAUGAAAGUGUAGAUGAGUAUAAACAGAGCACAGAAGAAGCCAUUGGUUUCAGGGUGAAAAGUGCAGUUCUCUUGCCCCAUGAAGUGGAGAGAGGAAUGUGGCCUGAGAACUAUACGCUUUCAGAUCAUGCCCGACUUACUGUGGAAUUUUCGCCAGUGAGGAUGCAGUGUUCUUCAUGAAGACAUGACUAGCCCCAAAAAGUGUUGGUACAUAAAUCGAAGGGGAACUAAAUUUUGCAAAAAGCUGUUUGAAAUCUUGCUGUAUAGAUCAUAAAAGUCUGAUUUUGGGUUGCGUCACCUGCAGUUGUGUUGGGCUGAUAGAUAGUAGUAUAUAGGGGCAUGUUUUGUAGCCAUUACACUUAAUGGUAGGCACUUUUUUUGCAGGCAAAGGUAACAUUGUAUAUCUGGUGUUCAGUUGUAAAGUGAAAUGCUAAUGGAGAACAGAGCCCUAUAAAUUCACAUAAAAAUGUAAGCCGUGUUGUGUUAUAUUCUCUUUUCUAACGAGAAUAAACACUUUGUAAAACCAAUAUUUAUAACCCAACAAACAAUUUAAGAUGAUC